AUGCGCCAGUCCGAAUCCAGCGGGUCGAACGUGGACCUCGAAAAGGGCGCCCCCGUCCGCUACGACGAAGAACUCGUCGAGCUCCCCGAGAUCCUCAAGGAGAGCAUCACCGGCUUCGGCGGGUUCGGAGCUCUCCUCCUGCAGAUCGCCCACCCCGGCGUCGCCCGCGGUGUCGGCAACCACAGCGAGUUCGCAACACGCCAGAUCGACCGUGCCGAAAAGACCGCCAUCUACGUGUACAUGAUGGUGUACGGGACACAAGAGGAGAAGAACUACAUCAAGGAGUGGGUCAACCGGAUGCAUGCCCGCGUCAAGGGAGGGGAUGGCGAGUCUGCGUAUUUUGCACAGGACCCGGACCUGCAACUAUGGGUUGCUGCCACGCUGUAUGUGGGUUGGGUCAAGUCGUACGAGAUGGCAUACGGGCCAUUGCCUGAAGACAGGGCAGAGCGCGUCUACCAGGAGUUCUCCGUCUUUGGGACCUCCCUCCAAGUGCCCCGCGAGAAGUGGCCCAAGGACCGCGCCGCGUUUGAUGAAUACUACCGGCACGUCAUCGAAAACGACCUGCGGCUCGUCCCCGAGGGCGAAGAGGUCUACUGGCACAUCAUGCACCCGAACCUGCCCUGGGUCUUCAAGCCGUUUAUCCCGCUCGCGCUGUACCUGACAAAGAUCUUCUCUGUCGACUACCUCCCGCCAGAGAUCAGGGUUACCUACGGACUGAAGCCGACGACAAGGUAUGACCGGUUCAAUCGCAAGCUGAUGAUUAUGCAAUACAAGAUGACGCCCAAGUUUAUCCGGUCGCUGCCCAAGCGGUAUUAUAUGAAGAGGGGGAGGGUUAUGGUUGCGAAGCUCAAGGAGAGGGGGUUUACCGGGGAUAUGAGGAUGCGGAGUCAUUAG